UAUAUUAGGGAGGUGAUAUUUCUAUUUGGCUCAAAUGCCACUUUUUCAAACUUCUUUGCUCCUUUAAACAUCCCUAAUACAGCAGUGCCAACUCUUUCAGUGCGACGAGCAGAGAGCAGGAGGGGGGGAGGAGGAGGAUUGACAGCAGAUGCCUUUGCAGCAGAGGACCAGAGAGGAUGUAUGUCCGUGUGUGCUGUUCCGGGACAAAAUCCGCACAUGUUUAAACGUUCACUUAUCGAAAAUUAAACCGCGAGAUUUUACGAGUUUGUGAGAGAAAGCAAAGACAAUUCAAAGCGCAGUGUCAGAGGGAAUUCUUCUCUAAAGAAGAUGGACGGGACGACCUGAAUAGACGAUUGGAUCACUUCAUUUAAAAGAUGUAUUUCGUGCUAUCAUUUUUUUUUCUUGAUUAAAUCAACUUGGAUGUUCUAUUGAGACCAGUCACUCAAAGCCUAGCUAACGAUGGAGAGUGGAGUUUUUCUGCCCUGUCUGGAUCAGUUCAUGCUGAGCCCACUUGUCACUUGGGUGAGGACAUUCGUGCCAAAUGAUGGGGGCAUGCACUUGGAUUUUUCUGAACUGCUGGAUGGAGUCUUUCUAAACGACAUAAUGACCCAAAUAAAUCCUUCAGCUUCAUCUCAGGGUGCAAAGAAAAUGAGCAAGGAUCCAAGUCAGAGGAUCCAGAACCUGAACUUUCUCGUGCAGCAGAUCAAGACAUUUUACCUGGAUAAUCUGAGACAAUUAAUCAUGACUCCUUUGCCAAAUGUGUUGCUGCUUGGCAGGACUCCUUACUGUGAACAAAGCCUGGAUGAAAUGAGGAAACUUUUGCUAUUACUAUUGGGAUGUGCAGUUCAGUGUGAGAAGAAAGAGGAGUACAUUGAGAGAAUCCAGACACUUGACUUUGAGACAAAAGCAGCAAUAGCUGCUCAUAUUCAGGAGUUGACUCACAGUCAAGACAAUGUGCUGGAUCUGCAGUGGUUGGAGUCUAGUGAGCUGCACCCCGAUGAUAUGGAGGCAGCAGUAAGGAACAUGACCACACACCUCCGACACCUGCUGGAUCAGAGGGAUACCCAUCUGGAGACUAUAGCAGAGCUAAUGCAGGAGAAAGAGGGUGUGGUAAGUUUGCUCAGUAGCCCCUCCAGCCCACAGUCUGCCAGCUACUCUCCUACAAUUCAGCAGCAGCAGGUGGGGACCCAGCAACACCUUGCAGUCGAACUGGCUGACUCUAAGGCAAAGAUCAGACGACUUAGACAAGAACUAGAGGAGAAGAGUGAACAAAUGCUGGACUGCAGACAUGAGUUGGAGAACAUGGAGGCUGAGCUGAAGAGAAUCCAGCAGGAGAAUUCCCAGUUGCUUCUGGAUGCACGCGCAGCCCGCACUUACCGUGAUGAACUGGAUGCCCUGAGAGAGCGAGCCAUCAAGGCGGACAAGCUGGAGAGUGAAGUGGGACGCUACAGGGAGCAACUGCACAAGAUGGAGUUCUACAAAGCCAAAGUGGAGGAGCUAAAGGAGGAUAAUAGGGUACUCCAGGAGACUAAAGAGGUUUUGGAAGAUCAACUGGAAGGCUGGAGGGCACGCUCAGAUAAAAUCCACCAGCUGGAGAAACACAAUCUGCUGUUGAAGGCCCAGGUCCAUGACAUGGAACAGGAGAGGGAGGCAGAUCGGAGGCGCAUUGAGGAAUUGCAAACGGACAACUUGGCUUUGUGUUUGGCACAGAGGAGGAGUAUGGAGGAGUCCCAGCACCUAGGCUGGGAGUUAGAGCAACUCUCCAAGACCACAGAAAGCUCCCAGGGCCAGCAGACCCUGAGUGAGGAGGUCAGUGAGAGGGCCUGCAGUCGAUUGCUGAAACUGGAGAAAGAGAACAAACAUCUCCUGAAGAUUAUAGAGGAGCUCAGAGCUUCUGUUAAUAACAUCACACAAACCAAACAUAGCCACCUGGCGAUGUGUAGUAACAACUGUACCUCAUCAACAGACGAGUCCUCUGUGUUGCAGACCUCCUGCUCGAAUGCUAAAAAUCACUCUAAUGGAGUCUCCCUCAGUAUUGUAACAGAGUCGAUGCUAAAUGGGGAUUUAAGCUGCCAUCAGCAGCUAGACACCGAGGAGUUGGAGCGAGUCCAGAGUGUGAACCAUCUCACAGCUAAUCCAGAGCGUAAUAUCCAGGAGAAAGGACAGCUAGAGGAUGGAGAUAGUGGAGACCAUUUCAAAGAAAGGAUGUCUGAUUUGGAAGUCUUAGAAAACAAUCACAAUAGGCGCCAUUAUUUUGUGAGGUCACAUGAUCACUCGCCUGGCUCAAAGAACAGCAGUCCCCGCCAUGAAAGCAUCUUCACAGGUCUGCCAACACGCUCCUCCUAUGCCAGCAAGCACACACAGCGGCUAGAGGCCAAAUGCAGGGCCCUGGACACAAUAAAUCAGCAUCUACAAACUUCACUUGACAACACUGACCGAAAGGUUCAGCGUCUAGAGGCAGAGGUUGAGGAGCUGGAAGCAGAGAAUCAGAGCCUGCAGGCCUCUUUAGAGGAACUUCGCAUCUCUGCACGACGCCUGGAGCAGUUAGAAACAGAGAAGCAGACCCUGGAGCAUGAAACAACUGCCCUGGAGAGAGACAAGAGGCAGCUAGAGAAAGAGAAUCGACGACUCCGGCAACAGGCUGAAAUCCAAGAAGCCAAAUUAGACAGCAGUAAUGUCUGUAUGGCUAGCUUGGAAAGGGAGAUGCGUUUUCUUGUAAAGGAAGUGGACGGAUUAAGGGAAACUGCUGAGAGGGUGAAAGGCCUGGAGAGAGACAACAGAGAACUGACCAAGCAGGCUGCUAUCGACCAGAGAACCCUGGCAACCCUCAGAGAAGAGCUAGUUAGCGAGAAGCUGAGAACCCAGCAAAGAGACAAUGAACUAGAGAGGCUUUCCCAUGAGCUGGAAAUGAAGGUCCUGAACCAGGAGAGUGCACAUCAGGCUGAACAAGAGAGACCAGAUAACAGCAGGUUCAAAAUGCUCGAGUCUGAGCUGGAGACAUCUCUGAAAAAGUCUCUGCAGAUAAAAGACGACAAGUUGGCUUCUUUGGAGGCCCGUCUGCAGGAAUCCUCCUCUCUGAAUCAGCAGCUGCGCCAGGAACUAAAGAGUGUGAAGCUGAGCUAUGAAGCCCUGCAACAGAGGCAGGAGGAAGAGAGGACAACAUCAAGUUCCACACCUCCAAGAGAAACUGGCAAGGCCAUGAGUGAAUGGCUACGUGAAAGUCAGGAAGCUACCAAAGAACUGCUAAAGCUAAAAGAUCGCCUCAUUGAAGUCGAGAGAAAUAAUGCGACACUGGAGGCAGAACGCCAGGCUUUACAAGCCCAGCUAAAACAGCUGGAAAGUCAGUCUGACAGCCAGCAGGCUCAGGUCCUUGCACUGCAGCAGCAGGCUGCCUCACUGCAGGAGAACAACACAGCAUUGCAGACACACAAUGCAACCCUGCAGGUGGAAAAGUCAACACUGAAUUCACAGAGCGCCUCCCUUAUGGCCCAAAACACUCAGCUGCAGCAGCAGCAGUCUAAGGCAGAAAGUGAACGGGACAGUGCUAUACAUGAACGUGAAGAGCUGCGUGGUGCUCAAGAGCAGCUGUUACGAGAUCAUGAGCGCCUGGCAGUCCUGCAUGAGCGACAAGCCAUGGAGUAUGAGGCCCUGAUGGGCAAGCACGGCUGUCUGAAAAAUGCCCACCGCACACUGGAACUGGAGCAUCGCACUCUUCAAGACAGAUACAACAGCCUGUUGCAGCAACGUAGCAAAUUAGAAGACCUGGAGAAAGCCCUCAAGGAGGAGCAGAUGAGGAUGGCUUUGGAGAAAGAACAGCACAGGACAACGGCUGCUGAGUGCUGCAGACUCCGUGAUGAGAAAGACUGGCUGAACCAGACAUACCGCCAGCUUCUUAACGAUAACGAAGCGCUGACAUCAGAUCACAAGCAGCUCAAGAGCCAGCUGAAUGAGGCCAAGCUGGAGCACACGUGGCUAGAGGCAGACUUUUCGAAGCUCAAAAAGGACUAUCAGCAGCUCGACAUCACGUGCACAAAACUCACAAACCAGUGUGAGCUGCUGAGCCAGUUGAAGGGCAACCUCGAGGAAGAGAACCGCCACCUGCUCGCCCAGAUUGAGACCCUGAUGCUACAGAACCGGACUUUGCUGGAGCAGACUAUGGAGAGCAAAGAUCUCUUUCAUGUUGAAGAACGCCAGUAUAUUGACAAGCUUAAUCAUUUGAGGAGGCAGAAAGAGAAGCUGGAGGAAAAGAUAAUGGACCAAUAUAAGUUUUAUGAGCCCUCGCCUCCUCGCAGACGUGGGAACUGGAUUACUUUGAAGCUGAAGAAGCUGAUGAAAUCCAAUAGCCGCGAGCAUGGGCCUGAACGCCCACCCACACCCACACACUCAGGCGUUCCUGAGCCUCAGCUCUCCUGUCACGACAACAGUUCUUUCAUCAGCUCAAAUGGCUCUGGAGGCUCAGCCUCCACAUCAGCAUGUGAUGCCAUCUCACCCCAACGUAACAGCACCACUCUGAAAAUGUUUCCCCGUAUGAGGAACCGGCUGAAGGACAGAGACAAAGUCAAGUCCCUGUUUCGGCGUUCCAUAUCCCUGAGCAGCUUAGUCUGUCCCUCGCCCCCAUUAGAGGUAAACUGCUUGCCUGACAGCUCAGUACAGCUGGAAGAGUCAGAAGCUGAUGUGGAGGAAAGCAGGAAAGACCCACUGACCUCAUCAUUUACCGACUCCAUCUCGUCCAUCCUCCCCCUUCCUCAUACCACCACUCUGCCAUCUGUCCAUCUCGACAGCACCACCACUGACAUUGUUCCAGAUGUUUCUGAGUUGACAGAUAAGCAUUCAAAUGACAGCAAUUUGCCAUCUGGACUUGAGGACAAUGAUGAGCUGCAAAAUCACGGGCUGAAUUGCGCUGAGAGCAGGGCCCAAAGUGAGAGCAGUGUUGAGUUCAACCUGAGCCUGGAGAAUGAGCCGUGGUCAAAUGGAAGCAGCCCUGUCCAGCACCCUCCGUCACGUCGUUCUUCCUCCUCCUCCUAUCAACCACCCAGUGAUGCCUCAACCCCCCUGCACACAAAGCAGCAGCACAAAGAGAAAGCCUCUACCAUGCCCACUGCUAACAGUAAGAUUUCAGAUAUCCAAUGUGAACCAAAACAGAGAGAUCCUGUUCUGCCUCAGGACUUCUGGCUUAGAAGGGGCACAAAAAGUAUUCGAAGAGGGUCAAGGGGGAAGAUGACAAGGCGCGCAUCAGAUUCAGGAGGUACAGGCAAAAUCAAUCCAGGACUCAAUGGGAUGAAUCCUAAACUGAGCACAAGCAAAGUUGAAACUACCAAAGCCUCUGCUUGUUCACCAAUCACAGUGUUGUAUGUUCAGGGCAAGUCAUCCUCAAUGUCUGGCUGCCUCAACUGCUUCUCUUCCCCGAUGGGAAAAGAAGGGCGACUUAAAGGGCCGUGGUCUCCCAAAAGUCUCCCUCGCGCAAGCAGUGUCAUUUCAACAGCAGAGGGCUCGUCCCGACGAUCCAGUGUCAGCAGUGACUACAAGGUGAUAGUCAAGACUGACCUGGUCCCUGUCCAGGUUUCAGAGUAUUCAGAGAGCAAUAUUAAGGAAGAAGCAGCAAGCCCGAAUCAACAACCAGAGCCAGAGAUUAAGAACAGUGAGCCUGCGCCCAUUCCUCCUGUCAAACCUCCAAGAGACCCAGCAGCUGUGCAGGAGCCACUUUUUGACUCCUCAUUCACUUUCAAAUCUGUCUUUUCCAAUACAAUCUUUGGUGAUUCUGUGGUUACCACCACAACUAGUCUAGAUGGGCUUGACACCAACCGAACCGUCCUCUGUCAAAAUUCACCUCUGGAUCAAACCUGUUCACGAGAAAUCUCAAAAUCUGUCGAAAACACACCGCAAACAGUUCUUAAUAUGGCAGAUGAGCAGAGUCAAAAUCCAGAGCAUGCAGCUGGGCUGGAAGGGAAAGACGAGCAGCUCACAGUUGCAUGAAAGCAGCCGUCACUGUCACAUCACUGUACAAUUAGUCACUCAAAUAAAGCAGGUGGCUAUGAAGCAAUUAUUCAUCACAGCACACAAGGAUUUUAAGCAAUCAGUAUGUUUGCACUGUAUUACACUGGCUACCUAAGUACAUAACUCUUAUAAAAGUGUGUUCAAUAAAAAGACAUUCUGAUAUUUUUUUUACAUUGCUUUAGUAAUCAACCUGAGCAGCAGAUCAAAAGUGUUACAGUAUUAUUUACACGUUGGUUAUUGUUUUGCACAAAUGAUGUUUAAUUUCAUUCAGUGAUACGUAGAUAGAUCUCCUGUUUAACCUCUAAUUAAUUAGAUUUAUGCGUGUCAUUCAGACCUUAGCCAUACUUGUAAAUAUAUUCGUGUUUGCCAAAAAUAUUGUAUUCAUUUUUGUAACUUCUAUUUAUGUUCUGUUCCUCAUACACGAGUUAUAACUUAUUAUGCACUGCUUUUAGAGUCUCUUUUAUUUUGUAUUUGAAUCUGAGGUGGGAAGUGUUGCUCAUAUGUAAGACGUGUGUAUAUCUUCUACUACGUGAACGCUAUUUUCCCUUAAAUAAAGAAACCUGUGCAAAA